AUGCCACGACUUCGUUUCAUCUUUAACAUAGCCAAAGAAUUGCGAUUUCCCCUGCAUUUCUUUGGACUUCUUCAGCUAAAAUAUUGUGAAUCCCGAAAAGUAUAUCAACAAAGAGCCAACCUGUGCAGAUUUUUACCUGCUAUUUUUAUUUCGCUAAUUUUAUUAUUCCACAAUCAUGUGAGUAAUUCGCUGGAUGAGGAGAAUAAGCUGGUAAACUCACUAAAUAUUGAAAAGAGACCUCAAAGAAGUGGGAUAGAAAUAUGGAACGAAAAGUUAACCAACAUCUGGAUUUUUAUGACUCUCAUUUGGUCUUUGAUGAGAAAGGAUCAACUGUGGAAAUUAAUAAAUGAGGCGCAAUUAGCCUAUAAACACCUAAAAUCUCUCCUUGGAAAACAUUUAAUGCUCGAAUGUUCCUGGCUCUUUUUCAUCUAUGGAUUAAUUUUACUUCUUUUACUGGCUGUUUUUGGAGUGAACCUACUAUAUUUUUGCAUACCAAAAUUUAAUAGCGAAUCUAAAACUUUUACCUUUGAAGACCUCUAUCAUGUUUCGAAUUAUAUAAUGGGAAUACCACGAUUAAUGUUUACACUGAUUAUAACUAUGCAUAUUCUAUAUCAUCUGAUAAAUGCAGGAUGGCUUCAAUCCCUAGGAAAGUUACGAUUACAAAGAAAUCUCAAAUUGUUUCAGUUUCAACUUCGUACUAUUUUUUCUAUACAAAAGAACACAAAUAUCUUGGCUGGUCAUUAUUUUAAAAUUUCCUAUAUAUGCUAUACAUAUAUGAUAGUCUUUCGUAUAGCGGAAUUUGUGCAGUUAUUACGUUUUGAUACCAAUGAAUUUGUGCAAAGGCAGAAAAGCCAAGAAGAUCUGGAAGAUGAAGCCGAUUGGGAAGGCCAAGAAAAUGGAACAAAUCCCAGGGGCUCACUGAUGAAAUCUGUGCUUAUAUUAUCUUGGCAUUUGGCUUUGUGGAUUUUACUACUCGCUGCAGCUUAUAAACAGCAAGAGGAAUAUUUUGAAUUGAUGGAAAAAAGCUGGAGUUACAAAACAGAUGAAAAUGGUUGUGAAAUGAAGGAAUUCUUGGCUGAAAGUUCUUGGAAUGGUCAUAGCUUUAAACAAUUGGACAUUCUGGACUUAAUGUUUCUUUCAGGAAUCUCUAUUUGCGAAUAUCAACCUUCAUCCAUUUGCUUUGUGACUAUCAAGCUUAGAAAAAAGAACUUAACCUACAUAAAUUUAAACAUAAUAUCAAGACCUUUUAAGUUCCUUUUAAAUUUGGUGACUUCCGCCAGCAUUGUUUACUUUGUGCAGCAAAUGGAACUCAGGCAUCUGCAGGAAUACCUCAAACGGGAAGCAUAA